UUUACGCUCACGCUGCGAUUGGCCCAAACCCUUUACACGUGAUUUGGAAUACCUGUUUGCUGGCCUGUCUAUUUUCUUUGUUUUGUCUGCCUGCUCAGCCAAAUCCGCGAUUGCAUCCAGCCAAGGGCUGAAUCCGUUUCUUUCUCUGUAAAGUCACCAUUAUCGAAUCCAUCCAAAAUGAGCGGAAGCAAGAUUCAAGUAGCAGCAGUCCGUGAGGAGGUCAAGACCCUCCUCAGCGCCUCGACCGGCGAGCAGAAGCGCAAGUUCGUCGAGACCGUCGAGCUCCAGAUCGGUCUCAAGAACUACGAUCCCCAGCGUGACAAGCGUUUCUCGGGAACCAUCAAGCUGCCCAACAUCCCCCGCCCCAAGAUGACCGUUGCCAUUCUCGGUGACGCUCACGAUUGCGACAAGGCCAAGAACAUUGAGAUGCCCUUCCGCUCCGCCGAGGACCUCAAGAAGCUCAACAAGAACAA